UCCGGCAACUUGCUACGCCCAUCAAACAGCUGGUUUAUGUACAAAACAAAUAAAUUGGUUGCAUUUUAUUAAAAUUUAUUAACGUAAAAAAAAGUGACUGGUCAAACAAAAUGUCCUCGAAUUUUCGAUACACCAUGGUGCGUACCGUACGACCCUAUGUUAAAUAUUUUCCCCAAUUAACUAAGCCAGUACUUCGGGUACUUAUCAAAGUUUCGGUACACUAUCUUGAGAGUUCAAAGUGUUCGCCGGAGGAAUUAGACUUGGAGUUGACUAAACUUACGCAUUCCGGCCACGAUAUACCAGAUAACUUUUGUGAAUUAUUCGCUGCUGUAUUACAAAUAAUGCAAAUUUUUUUGCGUACACCAAAGGGUAUUGUUAAAGAUCAUGAACUAAGAGACUGUCUGAAGGAACUGAGAUUUACAGAUGAAUGCGUGGAGGAUCUAAGCAAAGUACUGUAUAACCAUCGUGCCUCGUUGACAAAGAAUUUUAUUGAGGCCAAAACAUCGCGUUCUAAACCAAAAAAUAUGCAAUGGCGCAUAAACAUAUCAUUGGGCGAGGGCACUUGUAAUGGCAGUGUAAAUGCUCCCACAAUCAUUUUACACUUUCAACUACCCGAUGGCCGAUAUCGCACCUUAGAGUUUCCGCUAUCUAUGUUUCAUCAGCUGCGCUAUAAUGUUGCUUUACUGCUUAGUGAAAUGCAAGCAUUGGAAAGUCGAGCUGUUAUGAAAAAAUUCUAAGAUUUUACUUAAGGAACUUUAGGUAAAUUGGUUUUGAAUUAUGGAUGCUCAAAUAGGCAAUUGUGCCGUUAUAACCAUGGACUUUGACUAUAUAUUGGAAACAUAUAUAAAUAUAUGAUGUAUUUUCCCAAGUAAUCUACUUUUCAUUAAUAUAGAAUUGAUCCAAGAAUAUGAAGUAUUUUAUACGCCUGGUAUUUGUUGCGUUAUUAACUAAUGUAUGUAUUACAAUCGUGUAUUUGUUGUAGCUUUGUUAGUUAAAGCGUUCAUUGAAAUGUUAUAAAUUGUUAUGG